AUGCGGCGCCGCCGGGCCGCCGUGGCCGUGGGUCUCUGCGCCUCCUUCCUGCUCGGCUCCCUGCUCAACGCGCUCCUGGCCCCCGGCCCGGACCCGCCCCCGCCCCCGCCCCCGCCCCCGCCCGCAGCCCUUACCUCGGGACCCCCGGGGGCUGCGGCGAUCGGGGAGCUGGCGGAGCAGAUUCGGGCCCGCUAUGAGGAGGUGCAGCGCUACUCCCGGGGUCCUGGGGCCGGACGCCCGGACAGGCGCCUCAUGGACCUGGCGCCGCCCGCGCCGCCCGCGCCCCCCGCCCCGCGCCUGGGCUGCGCCGCGCUGCGCAACGUGUCCGGGGCGCGGUUCCUGGGCUCGGGCUACACCAAGGCCGUUUACCGCGCCCGCCUGUCCGGAGGCGCCGCCGUGGCCCUCAAGACCGUGGACUCCGGCGGCCACGACGUGGGCAGCUGCGUGCGACAGUUCGGGGUGCGGAGGGACUGCUACCGCCUGGCGGCCCACAAGCUGGUCAAGGAGAUGGUCCUGCUGGAACGCCUAGCGCAUCCCAACGUCUUGCAGCUGUAUGGCUACUGCUACCAGGACAGUGAAGAUGCCCCUAGUGCGCUGACGGCCAUCACGGAGCUGGGUGCCCCGGUGGAGAUGAUCCAGCUGCUUCAGGCCUCAUGGGAAGACCGUUUCCGGAUCUGCCUCAGCCUAGUCCGUCUCUUGCACCACCUGGCCCACUCUCCCCUCGGGUCCGUGACCCUGCUGGAUUUCCGGCCACGGCAGUUUGUGCUGGUGGCCGGGGAGCUGAAGGUGACUGACUUGGAUGAUGCCAGCGUAGGGGAGGCACUAUGCAGCAGCCACCAGGGUUGCCGGAUGGAGUUUCCUGCCAGGAACUUUUCCCUGUCUUGCGUGCGGGGCCGCUGUCUUGGCAUGAACGAGAAGAGGAAUCUCUACAAUGCCUACAGGUUCUUUUUCACCUACCUGCUGCCUCACAGCGCCCCUCCGAGCCUGCGGCCCCUCUUGGAUGAGAUCGUCAAUGCCACAGGUGAACUUCUCUGGGGGGUAGAUGAGACAUGGAGGCAGCUGGAACACGUGCUGCAGCUGUACCAGAGCGGCGCUUACCUGCAGAACACGACCACGGCCCCCAGUGCUGAGUACCGGAGGCUGCCGGAGACUGCGAUCCCCGCAGAUGACUACAGGUGUUGGCCCUCCAACCGGCACGGGGGCUGCGUCCUGUCCGUGUUCAGCAUCCGUGAGGCGGUGUCUGUGUGUGAGAGCCACACCCAGUGCAGGGCCUUUGUCGUGACCAACCGCACUACCUGGACAGGUCGCCAGCUAGUCUUCUUCAAGGCAGGUUGGAGCCAGGUCAUUCCCGACCCCAACGGGGUCACUUACGUGAGGGCUUCGGGCUGAGUGCCCAGGGCUGGGCCAGCCAGUGGGGAGCAGAGAGCCAUACCGCCCCCCCCCCCCCGGCCCCCUCACCCCAUAGAGGGCCGGCCGCCCCAUGCCCCACUAUGCCCCACGCCGGGCUGCAUGUGCAAUAUGGAACUGAGAGAAAUGGGAGUCAUGGCUUUGCUCAUUUUUCUUGGCCGGGAGAUGGGCAGAGAGGCAGACAGCUGACCAGGAUGUGAGGACUUUGUCGGCUGGGUCCCAUCCAGCUGUCGGGAUGUGAGGACCUCGCUGGCCAGAGCCCGUCCAGCUGCCGGGAUGUGAGGACCUUACCAGCCAGAGCCCAAUCAGCUGCUGGGAUGUAAGCCCCUUGGCUGGACCAAGUCCUGCCACUGUGAUGUGGGGAUUGCACUGGCCAGAGACUGUCUCCUCACAGCUUCUGGGGUAUGAGACCCCCACCGACUGGACCCUGUCAUCCCACAGUUGUGCUGCUGAGUCACCUCACCCCAAGGGGCCCCCGGACGCUGAAGAGAUAGUUCGGGGGUUCCCGGUGCAAGUGUCGGACAGCAGGGGCUUGGUCUGGGCCCGGCCCCUUGGGUGGAGCCAAAGGUCACCAGCUCAGCCGGCCCCAACCCUGGCUGUGAUGGAUGGGAGGAGCGGAACGAUACCCCCAGUGGAGGCCUGCUGAUCCACCCACAGCCUACCAAGUCCCAGAACUCAAUGGGUGACCAGCUGCACCGUGGGGACUGUGGCCACAGAUGGGGCCGUGGGGUCACGGUGGGUGUGGACCCCGGUUGCAGACAGACUCAGAGCCAUGCUGAGUUGGGGCCAUUUGCUUUCAGUGAAAGCAGCCACAGUGCCCCCUGAGUCCACGCGUGUGGGUGGUCAAACUUUGGUUUCUCGGGCGCAUUUAUUUUUGUAACGAAAUCGAAUAAAACCAGAUGAAGGACCUCCAGGACCAUAUCUCUCUGGUACUGCAGUAUCUCAGGCAAAGUCUGUGAGUGGGCGGGGUUGAAUCCAAGGGGACAUGUGUCCCACUCCUUCGUGUUCCAUUGGGCAGAGAGUUAGGGCUAAGGAUCAGGGUCAGGCUGUGGUCUGGUUUGGGGGAGCAAGGAGCAGUUCUGAUGGUUGUGAUGAUGGAGAGUGCUAACUCUGGACUUCAGGGUCAUUGAAGAAGUCAGAGUCAGUGAGAUUCUUUCUCACCUCUGCCUGCUCCUUCCACGAUGUCACACAUUCCCCUUUGGAGCUUGGCCCAGGAAGGUCAAAGAUCCAUCUGUUCUUUGCCUCGGUGUCGUCUUGCAGUUCUGGGAUCAGCUGGUCCUUCUCCAACAGACCCCUGUGCCCCAAGGAGUUUCUGCCAGGUCUGGUGUCAUACAGACUCCAGGGCACCGGCUGCUGCUGCCAUUGCUGGUCAACAUUGUCCAGCUGCCAGUUCAGGCAUCAAGGGUGGGCCCGCUGGUCUUCGAUUCGAGCAGACUGGGGCCAUGUUGUUUGGAAGUGUUUUCCAAGUGGGAACGAGGUUGUAGUUGGUUUAGGAAUUUUCUGAUCUGAGCUCAGCUCCUCAGGACCUUGUACUGAUGUGAAUUCAAUAAAGAUAAUGAUCCCUGUGA